AUGGCGAGCGUGCAACCAGAGGCUGCUGUGCCUACCAAUGGCAAUGCCCAAGUAAAUGGCAACUCUCAGCAACAAAACAAGAGACCAAACCAACAGAACAACCGGCAGUGGAAGCAGAAGAAAACCAAGAGAGAGAAGAAUAUCACCGAGGGUUCAUCUGAGGAAGUCCUCAAGUACGAUAUCCAAGCACUGCUCAAGGAGCGAGCUGUUGAGUACGGUGAGGGAACAGUACACGGCCCCGAAAUCCUCCCAGAGGAAGGUACCGAGACAGAAGUCGAGGUUCUGGAGCUCUCAUCAACAGGAGAUGGUCUUGCCAUGAAACCUGGCUCCAACCAGGUCUAUGUUGUAUCAUUCGCAGUCCCCGGUGAUAUCGCCAAGGUCAAGGUCUUCCGCCACCUACCUCGCGACAACCAAACCCUUGCCGACUUCAUAUCCAUCUCAAAGCCCUCGCCUCUUCGUGAUGAUGCGCGCAUCAGCUGCAAGUACUUCUCAUCAUGUGGUGGCUGUCAAUUCCAGAUGCUGGACUACUCUGAGCAGCUCAAACUCAAGAAGCGCAUCGUCGAAAAGGCCUUUAAGAACUUCUCCAACCUCGACCCUAACAUCGUCCCCGCUGUUCAGGACACCAUGGGCAGCCCGCUGCAGUACAGCUACCGUACCAAGCUCACCCCUCACUUUGACGGCCCCCCUGGAUUCCGGCCCAGCAAGAGGGGAAAGAACCCCAGAAUUCCUUUCGAGAAGUGCCCUGAUAUCGGAUUUAUGCAAAAGGGUCGCCGAAAGGUAUUAGAUAUCGAGGAUUGUCCUAUUGGUACUAGCGCUGUGCGUCUAGGAAUGACGCGCGAGCGGGAGCGUAUGCAGAAGGAGUUUGGUAACUACCAGCGCGGUGCUACAAUCCUUCUGCGUGAAAACACCCAGCGUGUGGCCAAGGAUAGCGAGGAGGCAAGCAGUCAGACACAACCUUACACCACCCGCGUUGAGAACGAAGAUACGGUUGACAUCAAGUCCUGUAUCACCGACUCCAAGGCUACGACAACUGAAUACAUUGGACCCUAUACCUUCACCAACCCAGCUGGCUCUUUCUUCCAAAACAACAACUCUAUCCUGCCCUCUUUCACUGGUUACGUUUGCGACAACAUCCUUCCACCUGCAGGCACCGGCAUGGAUAUCAAGUACCUCAUCGAUGCCUACUCAGGUUCCGGUCUCUUCACAGUCACUCUCGCCUCGCUAUUCCAACACUCCAUCGGUAUCGACAUUGCUGCCGACUCCAUUGCAUACGCUAGCCGCAACGCCACACUCAACGGUAUGGGAGAGGAUCGCUGUAAGUUUAUUGCUGCCGACGCUGGUGAGCUCUUCAAGAGCGUCACCUACAACCGCGACGAGACCGUCGUCGUUCUUGACCCUCCUCGCAAGGGCUGCGAUGCCGACUUCUUGAAUCAGCUACGCAAGUUCGGUCCUCGGCGAGUGUUGUACGUCAGCUGUAACGUGCACACACAAGCCAGAGAUGUCGGCGUUCUUGUGCGUGGUGAGGGAGAAGGCGAGAGAUACGAGAUUGAGAGCCUUCGAGGCUUUGAUUUCUUUCCCCAGACUGGUCAUGUGGAAGGCGUUGCGAUUCUCAACAGGGUAUAA